AUGUUGGUACAUUAUCACACAGCACCAUCUGGUUCCAUGGUCCAAAGCAGUAAUGCAAUGAUCCCAGCCUACUCAGUUUCUGCUCUUCGGCUAGCCUUCGACGAGAUAUCCACUGUUCUACCUAUCGCUAACCAGCUUGCCUGCCUUCUACUACCAUUUUUGAUAAAUCUUAUCAACAAUUUGAAUAACUUAUCAAACAUCGUCCAAAAUUUGACGCCGGCUUUAUUGCCUUACUUCGGUUGUACACUACCUUUGCUCUAUGCCACAUUAACAGAUUUGGCUUCAGUUCUCUUCCUAUAUAUAAGCGUUUUGAUAUCACUGUUUAGGUCUAAUGUGCUUGCUGCCCCAGGACUUCUCUUGGGGCUGGUCUCUCAAGUACUGAAUUUAGUGCUAGGUCUGUUGAAAGGUCUGACAGACGGAUCAGGUCUCCUAUCAGGUCUGAUCAAGCUGAUUACGAACAUAUUGUGUGAGCUGGAAAAGUUGUUAUUG